AUGGUGGCGACGAAUUUGAAAGCGGAGACAAUGAAACUGAUGGAGAAGCGGAGCGGGCUGGAGGCGGAGAUGAAUGUCAUCAUUGAGCGCCUCUGCCAACCCGGCGGCACUGGUCUCUCCGGCAACCUCCUUGAUUCCGAGGGGUUUCCAAGGGCUGAAAUUGAUAUCCCCACUGUAAGAGCGGACCGGCAUAGACUUGCUGAACUUCGUAAUGACCACAAGGAUAUUACAGAGAAAAUAAACCAAAACAUUCAACUUUUGCAUUCUGCAACACUUGCACCAAGAUCUGCAUCUGUUAAAGAUUCAGAGCCAAAAGAUCAAGAUGCAAAUGUUGGUAUGCCUUCGUCUUUUAGCAAUCCUAUUGCUGGAGGUGCUUCUAGUGCCAUGGAUGUGGAUUUAGUUGUCAGUCGACCCUUUGCAAUGGUUGAUGAAAUCACUGAGGCGUCUCCAGCAGCAGAAGAUGGUUUACAACUUGGAGAUCAAAUUGUGAAAUUUGGGAAUGUGGAAAUAGGUGAGAACUUGCUGCAGAGGCUAGCUGCUGAAGCACAACAAAAACAAGGCCAAGCAGUCUCUUUAGUGGUAAUGAGGCAAGGUGCUCUGAUUAAUAUGACUGUCACUCCUAGAGCUUGGUCUGGUCGCGGACUACUGGGGUGUCAUUUCAGACUCUUAUGAUCAUACAAUGGCGUAUUUUGUUUACGGUUGCUUGAAAUACUUGGGGCUGAUGUUGCAAAAGAUAUUACGCUGCUGGUACGUUAUGCUACUCAUGUGGGUAUGCUGUUUACUGAAGUUGUUCCCUCCAUUUUCCUGUUUCCUUGCUUGCUUCCCCACGUCUCUGAUACUAGGAGAAGAUGUUGAAUCUUUUACGGUAUAGAAGGCCGAUUUCUUGCUACCAACAUCAAUAGUAACCAGCACAUGGGGCAUAAACUGCUAGAUCAGAAUAUAAUGAUUUCAUGAAAUGAAAUGGUGAGGUCAUCUUGUAAGAUUAAAGAUCUACACCCAAGUUAAGCCACUAACCACAUGCAUCGGAAUGCUGAGUUUAGAGAUGAGGUUGAGUGAGUUUUGCUUGGCAGUGCCUCAAGAUAAAAGUAACAGGUGGUGCAUUCUAUGUGAGAUGAGAUGCUCAUUUCUGCAUAUCAAAGAGAACUUAGAGAAGAAUGAGAACAUAACUGUUGUUAAGAGUUCAAGAUAAUUUCAGAUUAUCUGAAGCCAGAGGCCGUCAAGGUGGGUGAAACUGACUGAUUUCUGGUUGGAUCAUUUUACGUCUCAGACUUUAGUUGGGCUAUUUUGAUCAACUUGAGUUGGGGGAUCAAUCAAUAUAUUUUCCAGACUGCUUGGUUGAUCUUUGUUAAACCAAACCAACCCAACUCUUAACACGC